UCUUGCUUGAAUUUCUGAACGCAAGCUUCAUCACGGAACGGAACGGCUGGAAGGACAUUUCUCGAAAAACAUUGAUUCACAUCGAAAACAUCAUUCUUCUUGUAAAUCACUUACAAAAGUAUAAUAAUUUACAUCCAAAAUGUCGCACACGAUUUUGCUGGUUCAACCCGGUCCAAGGCCCGAAACCAGGACAUAUUCGGACUACGAAAGUGUGAAUGAUUGUAUGGAGGGUGUUUGCAAGAUCUAUGAAGAACAUCUGAAAAGAAGAAAUCCAAAUACACCCACUAUAACCUAUGACAUAUCACAACUAUUCGACUUUGUUGAUCAGUUGGCGGAUCUUAGCUGCUUAGUAUACCAAAAGUCGACAAACACUUAUGCUCCAUACAAUAAGGACUGGAUAAAGGAGAAAAUAUAUGUAUUACUACGCCAGGCGGCAGGGCAAAGCGAUUAGGUUUAAUCUUUUCCUAUUUCUUAUUCAUAAAAAAGAUUAAGAAUACUUUCAAGCUAAAGUAUAUUUUGUCAAUAUUCCACUUUACAAAAUUCGGCAUUGACAGAAUGAGACAAAACAUACUUUAGUUUAUAGUAUGCUCUUUUUUAUGAAUAACAAAGUAUGUAAUUAAUUACUUCUACUGUUAGUAUAUAAGGUCCAAAUUCAACUGAAAUCCAUCUUAAAAUAAGGUAAAUCCCUUUUUUGAUGCCAGAACAUUAAUUUUUUUAUUCAAAAUCUUGACUGUUGAAUGUUGAUGAGAUAUUUUUACUUGGACCCUGAGUUGAAAUUUCUACGCCCUAUACUUUGAAGGCUUAUUUUAGUUCAUCGUAUUGGACCUUAAUGUGUUUGUAAUUUUGAACAUAAAAUUCUUAUGUUUUUUCUUUCACUUUUAUCCGCACUGAAAAUAGCGUUUAGCACAACCCGUGAAGAUGUAGGUAAUAACGGAGCAAGCACACCCAAAAACUUUUUGGUACUAUGUAUGUACAUGGUUCCAUAAAGUUUUGUAUGAAUGUAAACGCAUGAAUGAAAAAGUUUUGUAUGAAUGUAAUGUUAUACCCUGUAUGUACAGGGUCUGGGGUAUUAGUAAUCUGUGCCAGGGUGUAACAUUACCUCCGACAUUGCCGAAAUCCACGUAAUCUCCCCAUUAAUAUGAACACUUUUCCCUGAGAAACCGUGCCUGGGAAAUCAGUAGUUCCCGAGAUAAUGAGGUACAAAGUUGAAUUGAAAAUUUUCAUUUUGUACAGAUUUGAAUAAUUUAUCAUGUAACCGUCAUUUCAUCCAAAGAAAUCUCAUUAAAGAAUUCCCUAUACUAACGCUAAAGUUGAAAACAUUCAAUGAACAGUUCCCAUCAUAUCGCCCCAAACUCACGGCUCACAGCUCACUGCUGGUUCGCUGGUUGACACUGAUGCCGCGCGAUGUUCGCUGUACUGAUUUUUAUUAUUUUUCCCAGUCAAAUUUUUACUCUGAAGUGACUUUUAUUGGGAUAGCCUAUGCAUACCUAACGGAUAUGUCGAAGGUAGUGUUACAUCCUGUAUGUUUCAUCUGUAUUGUGGGGAGGUACUUAUGUAUAAUGUGUAGUCAUCAUAUAGUUGGGUGGUUCGCAGAGCGUUUCGACCGCUGCGGCUGCGCGGUCAUUACAAUCCGUCAAUUUUCUUGAGGAAGGAAUCUUUUCCAAAAUCAAUCAUCCGUAAAAUUGCCAUUACUAUAGUACAGAGUAAUUAAUGUAAAGUCAUAUAGUAAAACUCAUAUUUGUCUGUCUUUAAAAAUUGUAAUGACAGCGCGACCGCAGCAUUCGCAACGCUCUGCGAACCACCCAGUUAUAGCUUUCAGAGGUCGGGCUACAAAUAAAUAGUUGGCAAUACAUUUACUUUAGAUCCAUAAGUACUCCCUCCAGUAUUACCUGAAGCUUCACGGUACAAUCUGACUUAAUGUUGUAAAACAACUGGCAAUAUUCAAAUAGAUAGUGUUAAAGUUUCCAAAUAAAGAGAAAUAUAACUUUUAUAAAGAAGUUGACUAUCAAAAAUAUGCUUUAAGACCCGGUGCAGACCGUAUCUGUGUGCAUGCAUGCAUGCAUAAGUGUUGUAUGGAGUUGUAUUGUAAUAAAUGCAAUAUUAUGCAUCAGACACGAUUCCAUACAAUAAAUGUCAUUGUCAUUUUAUAUUGGCCUUCUAUCGCCAUCACCAAAUCCAUGUUUUUCAUGUUAUGGUACAAAUGAAACUCAUAAUUGUAUUAAAUAUAUUAAUAUUCGUUUUUAAAGUAAAGGAUAAUUAAAUAUACUAUUUCAUUUAGCUAGGAUCAGAAAUCACCUACCAUGUAUCUGGUGAGGGCAUAAAUAGACACAAAUUUCAGAACAUCCCUUUGCAGAGGAGAUCCUACUAUUAUAAAUGCUAAAGUUUGUGAUGACGUAUAUAUUUGUUACUCUUUCACGCAAAAUCUACUAGAUGGAUUGUUAUGAAUUACCUUAAACUGUCAAUGGCAUCGAUAUCUCAAUUUGUUGUUAAUUUUCCUGCCCACUGUAAAGACGAAUAUUAAUCAUCUAUCAAUGUUUUUGUGAUUUUUGUUGUAUUGGAUAAAGUAAGAUUUAUUUUUCUUUUAGACAACAAAUUAAUUAUAGACAUAAGUUUAUAAGUAAGUCAUUACGUUUAGUAAUAAAACUCUUGUGAUUA